AUGAAAUCAACGAUUGCAAAGGUUCCCAAUGGGCAUGGGAGCCUCUACAAGGAGGUUCGCUUUUCGCCAACGGCAACCCCCAUCCGCCGUGCACAGUCGGUCUCGACCAGUAACCCCUCCUCCAAGUUCGAUCACGGGCGGGUGCUUGGCAAAGCUGAAAGCGAUCGGUUCUCUUACUCGGCUUUGAGUGCCGAUUAUCUGGAGCAGGCCCGAACGCUUCUCCAUCGCCAAACGGCGAGCUUCGAGAAUGAACGGGCACUUUUCGCAGAGGAACGGCAAUUGUGGGAGAAGGAGAGGGAGCUACUAAAACUAAGAAUAUCAGAACUAGAAGCCUUAUUGAAGAGGAAGAGUACCCCAAACAAUGACCAUACGGCUCCUGACACCCUUGUCAAAUUCUCUUUGCAUCCCUUCGGUGGUCCGGUGUCCCCUGAUCUAUCUAAUGAGCGCCACCGCAAUCACGCUUAUAUAAGUGCUCAGGUGUGGGAGGGGCCCAGCCCUACGACUCGGCCGACAAGGGUUUUUCACGGUGUGGAGAAGACCGAUGGUCAGAACCACCUCGCGUCGAUCACUGAGCAAGGAGCGCAUAUGCCACUCACUGCGCCGUCCUUAGAUGCGGCCUUAUCCCCCAAGGCUCGUGCAGCCGAACCCUCCUCGUGUAUGAGUAGACCCGUCCCAAUCGAGAAGCUUGACAGCAAGCUAGAUGGCAUUACUCUCAAAUCUUCAGCGCUACCGCCCGAUGUCGUCGCCCGCGUGAUGACACCACCAUCCCCUUCGCCAAUGGAUGUAUCUCCAGAGUCGUCCGAUCGUUCGAAAUCGUCUUCGGAACGUAAGAACAGUCUGAAGCUGAAACUGUCCGAGCUUGGGCCACCCGACGUGAAUCUAGUUAGGGAUGCUGGGCACACUCCCAUGGUGCUCAUCGAUGCCGAUGCGGACACAGAGCAGGCCUCGGUUAACGGUGACGUGAUCCCCCAAGUCCAGGGCAAGGAAGAGGAGCCCUUUGCUCCUAGGGCGACGAGGGUUGGACAGCCUGCGGAAAACUCCGACUCCUACUUUCCGGACUUACCUGAUGAUCCGGCCCUCAAGGGGCCGUUAUCCCUGCUGAAUGAAGAGGACCAUGACAGCGAGUUCCUACAGGAGCUGGAUCUGAAACUCCUCGAUCAGGCCAGACGAGCCAUUGGUCGCUCCUCUGAUGCCGAUCCGGACGACGAGAAGGUAGCAGAUGCAGACCAUACUGAGUCCGUUCCUGAAUUGAAAUUCAAGAACACGACCAAUUUUGGCACUGCGUUCGGGGUCUCGGACUUUUGA